GAUAAACUGAGUCGCUUUCUGACUUGCAGCAUUUGCCACUUAACAGCUGCAUGCAGUAAAAACAUUUAACUGGCAAAGCAAGACACUUACUGAUGCUUGCAUGACCACAACUACAGGUUCAAGUGUCCUUGCCGCUGUGAUCCAAAAUCAAACAAGAUAAAGGAAGAGGGGUUUUUCAAGAAGAGGCUUCAUUGUCUCUUUCCAGAGAAGAAAAGAUGUUUGAUACUCUUGGACUUCUUUGCGUGAUUUGGUGGUGUGUGGUGCUAUUUCAUCCUUUGCAUGCUGACAUCCAGUGUAUGGUGUCAGAGGCACAAGAAUCACCUAUUACAAAUGUGAAAAUGAAUUGGAGAAAAAUGGAACUGUCCUGGGAGAGCAGCAAGAAUUUCUCUAAGUACAAAUGUGCCAUCAUGAACAGCAACAUAAAAACUGUACCGAAAGAGGUGAAUAGUUCACUAUGCAGGUUUCCAGUGCAACACUACAUGACCCUGCACAAAGGGGUAUCCUUUAUCAUUGAAGUGCCAGACACAAACAUCUCAAAACACUGCACCUUUAUCCCUGGAGGCAUGAACGGGUCAGCCAUUGAAAACUUCUCCUGUGUGAUUUAUAACAUCUCCCUCAUGAACUGCACUUGGCAGCCAGGCAGGGAUGCUCCAGGAGAUACCCAAUAUUUUCUCUACUGGCAGAACCCGCUACCUGGUGAAGCGAUGGAAUGUGAGCGUUACAUUAAAGAUGAAAAUGGCAGAAACACGGGAUGUAGAUUCCAAAAUGUGAGCAUAGAGCCUGAAAAAGCUUACUUCCUGGUGAACGGGUCUAGCAAAGAUGGCCUGAUCCAGUUCUAUGAUGAGUACAUUCAACUGUAUGAAAUUGAAAUACUUACUCCUCCAUUAAAUGUCACUGCCAAUUGCACUAGAGAUUCAGCAGGUUGCAUAAUUAGAUGGCAACCACCUCUUACAAGUCAUAUGAAAGACAGAGACUGUUUUCAGUAUGAAAUAAGCAUACGAAAUAAGGAUGACCCCAAAGAAGCGAAAAAGGAUGAUCCUUCGGAAGAAGUAAGGAAUGACAGCUACGAAUUCCAAAAUUACAAUGAGAAAAAAAAAUACAUUCUGAAAAUCAGAGCACGUGGAAAAUACUGUUCCGUAAGCUCAAACUGGGGGGAAUGGAGCGAACCCAUCGAGUUUGGUCACGGGAAAGAUUACUUUAUUUUUGUGAUUUUAUUUCUGAUAGCACUUGGAACAAUCUCAGUGGCACUGCUCCAAUAUUGUCUUUUCAAAAGGUAUUGCAGUUUCAAGAGCAUAUUUUCUCCCGUACCACAACCAAGAGAAAAACUUAAUGCAUCAACUGAUGAAGAUAUCCAGCCAAAAUACGUAAAUCUACCAAACCCACAACAUACCGAGGAAAUAACUAUGGUUGAAGAGAUGACCUAACUUUCCAAAAAGAAAACACUUGGAUUCCCCAACAUGAAAGAAAAUCGUGGAUUCCCCUGACAAGUACUUCAAACCAGACCAGAAAUUACUAUAAUCACCUAUAAAAGUCUGUCCCAUAAAA